UAGCGAUAUGGAACGACCGGCCGGUUCAAUCCCGAAUCACAAGUAUUUGUAUGGUAAAACGUAUGCCGAUGCCCUUAAAAGCAAUGAAGAAGAAACGGCGCGCUGGACUGCGUACCGACAGGAGCACGUGGAGCUGAAAGAAAACAUCCGAAUGUACCAGCAGUCGCUUCGAACGGACAUACUUAUACCGGUAGGAUCCAAAGCCCUGCUACCGGGACAGCUUUACCACACAGGCGAGCUGUUGGUUAGCCACGGUAACGGAUACUUUUCCGAGUGUUCCUCGGAACAGGCACAGUCCAUAGCGGACCGGCGGAUUCGGGUGGCGAACGAUAUGCUGCAAAAGUAUGAACGAGAGCGAAUGUUGCACAGUGACAAGCUGGAUGCGCCAUUCGUACGUGAAGCAUUUGCCGACGGGGGUGGUCAGGAGAUACUGGAGGUCUACGAUGAGGCAGCGGAGAAACGCUGGCGUGAGAAACACCGCCACCGUGUGCGAGAACACAAGCAACGCGAGGCCAGGGAGAGGGCCAAAACGGAAAGUACCACGGAAAACGAACACGGUGAUGAUGACCUGUUUAAGCAUCUGGAAGAAAUGGAGCUACUGGAAGAGUUGGAACAUGAAAUUGACCAGCUAGACAUCGCGCCAGAUGACGCAGCUAAUGAGCAGUUGCAACGGUUGAUGCGCGGUGAAAUUUCCUUGAAUGAAAAACCACGGAUUGCACACCAAGAAACAUCUCAAGACAAUGUUGAAGAACAACAGAUCCAGGACCAAGAAGAGGAAAUCGAAACCACGGAUGACGAAAGCACCGGUUCUAGGGAAGAUGAUAAAGAGGAUGAAGAUAAUGAUGAAAAUUUGACCGCGGAGUUCCAACAGCUGUUGAAUGAUACGAAAAACUGUGGUGAAGAAGAAAAAAUCAAGAUAUUCCGCGCGAAGCUACGAGAGGUGCGACAGCAACUGUACACAAACUCAAUUUCCAUUAUCGAAAAGGUGGACCUCUACCAAUUGCACGAAGAGAUUGAAGAAGCGCUAGAUUUUUUACAGCUUCCUUCCGAAGAAGAUGGCGAAAGAGCAGAGGUACAGGACGAACCUGAGGCAGAAGCAAAAGCCACGAAACGAAAGUCAAAGAAAAUCAAAUUUGCUGAGCAUGAUCAGAUUAAACUGAUCGAUGGACGGAACUCGUCCGUCAGCGAAAGUGGCGUAUCGACGAGCAAGGGAGCUGAAAAAACGCUAUUUCUGCCCAUUGUUCACUCGCCCGACACACUGCCGGAAGCGUAUCGAACGCAUGGCACGGGAAGCACUGAAGAAAUACUGUCGCCGGCGGAUAUCUACAGGCUGUUUGCAAUGGAAACCGAAGCCAAAGUACCGUCAACUGUGGAAAUCCGCCACAGGAAAUCGAUUCUUAAAAACAAGCAAAUGCCCCAACAAACCGACCGAAAUCCAGUUGAACCGAAGACAACAUCCAAUCUAGCGAGUAGACCACUGUCAAAAGAUACGCCCUCCGUGGCCAUAAUCGGUGAGAUAGUGGAGCAUGCUGUCACAGAUACGAAGGAACCGCCACCCGAAAGUGAUCCUAAGGGGCGUAAAAACAAAAAGGUGAGCCGUUUCAAACAGCAGCGACAAUAG